ACAAUAACAGUACGAGACUGUAGUGACCAUUUGAGACCGUCAGUGAGUGAAAGCGGUUACACGCCUACUCGGAAAAGCAGAUCAUUCAUUUAUACUCUACAAUCAGGUGUUAAAUUAUUUUACCCGCGAUCCAUCCGCAGUAUUUGGACGCCUACUUAAGUGUUUUAAGCGAAAAGAUUAAUAGUUUCUGUGGCACAAUUACGGAACAUGAUGACCAGCACACUCAGCCAUAGUUUACAACAGAAAUGGUAUCGUUGAGCAUUUUUCUGCCUCUGGAUCUUUUUUAAACCACCUUUUUUUCUUACACUUUAGCAGGUCAGAGUGGUUUUGGCACAUUAGUAUGCAUGCUCGAGGAGCAACAUGUCUUUGUGCAUGAAUGCUGGGCAGUCAUAACUGAUCUGGGGAAAAACAAGGGGAAACUCCCCCUCGGAAGACUUCUGAACAAUGACCGGACCAAGCGCCACCAGCAGCGGCUCAACGGUCAAGACCAGCAGACACGGUCGGUCCAAGAGCACCAGUACCUACUGUCACACUACCGGUCCGGCGACUGAAUCCACCUCAUCCACUGCCGCGAACAACACCGGCAGGUCUUCCGGUGAGGAAGAUGAGAAAGACGGCGGGGUACCGUUUUUCGUGAACAGGACGGGCUUUCCCAUAGACACUGUCACCUGGGAGAGAAUGUGGUCACACGUCACCAAAGUUCAUCCCGAUGGACAGGAGAUGGUGGAUAGAAUACGAAAUGCAACACACCUCCCUAAACACCCCGUACCAUCGGUUCCAAACUUUAAGCCAUCGAUGUCUGUGCCUGAUUGGCUCCAUGCCGUCCAGAACUACAUGAGAAACUUGCAGUAUCCUUAACCCUCCACAAACCUAUCACUCUGGAAAAGUUUGAUGGAUGUAUUCUAAACCUCCAUUUCUUCUGGGUGCAUUAUGGAAUUAUGGGCACUCAUUUCUUUGGAGUGUGAGAUAUGCUUUUUCGCUCAGUGUAAUUUCAGUUGGCUUGACUUACUCAAAGUGCCUUUUUGGUUGGAGUUUCUAUCCAAGUUGUUGUUAAGUUUGUUUCUUCAUCUGAACAGAUUUUGAGAAAUUUAGAUUAAGACUUACAUUACUUGUUCACCAUUGAAUUGUCUAAAGUUAAUGGGUGCCAUCAGAAUAUUCUCUUAUUCUGUUAGUUAAGGAAUAGUUAUUCAACUAUUCCUUUAAGUUGGAUAUAACAUUUUCUAUACUACUAUAUGGUUACAUAUUUUCAGCUUCGGUGGAUUUUUAUAUUCAUCAUUGUAUUCGAUUAAUAUCUCAGCAGUUUUCUCUCACAAACAGCAAUGUCUGUGAAGAGUAAUGAGUACAUGGGGUUCAGCAGGAUAUUGUUCGCAGCUGUGCAUUUUGGCACGCAUGAGUCACAAUCAAAAAACAGGAAAACAAGGCUUCCUAAAUGAGCCAUACAAA